CGAGGGGUCCUGGUCUCUCCUGCGUGGCGCGGUGGUAUCCUCCUUCGGGCAAACGUACUCUCGCCUUCUCAAACAACAGCUUAUAUAAGAGCCCAGGGAGAGAGUAAUCCAUCGGAUCGCUCCUCAAUUUGCGUGUGUGUACAAAAAAAUUCGACUCCUCGUCGCGUGCUCUCCCUUGUUCUCCGCCGCUGUCUCCGAUCCCAAUUUCCCUUUCCCCACCUAAAUAAAUCAUUCAUCCAAGAUCCAAUCUGAUCUAGUGAGAGAGAGAGCGAUGGCGAGAGGAAGCAGCGGCCGGGGAGGGGGAGCGGAGGAGGCCCUGCUGGCGCCGGCGACGGCGGCGAAGACGUGGUACGGGCGGUGCCUGUCGUACCGAGGGGACGAGCUGGGGGGUUUCCGGUCGUGCCUGCGGUGGAUGUGCAUGGACCAGUCGGACCGCUGCCACGGCCUCAUGUCGUGGUCCCUCUUCUUCGUCCUCUCCCUCGCCGUCCCCAUCGUCUCCCACUUCGUCCUCUCCUACAACCCCCACCGUCGCCCCUACGACCUCGCCGUCCAGCUUUCCCUCACCGCCGCCUCCGCCCUCUCCUUCCUCUGCCUCUCCGCCGUCACCCGCCGCUACGGCCUCCACCGCUUCCUCUUCCUCGACAAGCUCCGCGACGAGACCGAGCACGUCCGCCUCGGCUACACCGCCCAUCUCGACCGCUCCUUCCGCCUCCUCUCCUACUUCGUCUUGCCCCUCUUCGCCGCCGAGAUGGCCUACAAGAUCUGGUGGUACUGCGCCGGCGCCGGCCGGAUCCCGUUUCUGGGCAAUCCCGUGGCGAGCGACGUGGUGGCGUGCGUUCUUGAACUUGCCUCGUGGAUUUACCGGACGGCGACGUUCAUCCUGCUGUGCGUCUUGUUCCGGCUGAUAUGCCAGCUUCAGAUACUGCGGCUGCAGGACUUCGCGGCGGUGUUUCAGGAGGAGUCCGAGGUGGGGCUUGUGCUGGCGGAGCACCUCCGGAUCCGGCGGCAGCUGCGGGUGAUCAGCCACCGUUUCCGGGCUUUCAUCCUCUCCUGCCUCGUGCUUGUCACCGCCAGCCAGUUCGCCGCCCUGCUGCUCACCACUCGAUCGCACUCGGACGUCAACCUCUUCAACACCGGAGAACUCGCGCUAUGUUCCAUUGUACUUGUGACUGGACUGUUCAUAUGCUUAAGGAGUGCUGCUAAGAUCACACACAAGGCCCAAGCACUCACAAGCCAUGCUGCAAAGUGGCAUGUCUGUGCUACUAUUGAUUCUUUCGAUGCAGACCCUGAGACACCUGGUGAGGUUACUUUGAACCCCAACUGUGUCUUUGCAGUGAAUGGUGGUGAGGAUGAAUCAGAUGAGGAUGUCAGUGCUGAGGAUGAACUGGAAGACAUGAAGAUUUUGCCACCUCAUGCCCACACCAUUUCCUUUCAAAAGAGACAAGCUCUAGUGACAUAUUUGGAGAACAACAAAGCAGGGAUCACCAUUUUCGGUUUCACGCUGGAUAGAGCAUGGCUCUACACCAUUUUUAUGCUUGAAACGACCCUGUUCUUGUGGCUAUUGGGCAAGACAACUGGGAUUUCUUAAGGUGGAACGCCUUCUGGUUUUUUCUCCAUAAUUUUGUUCACUCUUACAUGUAGAUUCUCUCCCAUUGUAGAAAGUUUUGAGGUGUACAAAUGAAGGCAGUUGAGGAGGCAGUCAAGUAAUGUAAUGUAAUGUAAUAUAGGUGUUGCAUCGUUUGAUCAUUCAUUCAGGCGUUGAUGAAGCUGUCCACAAUACCAGCCUCCUGCUGUCCCUUGAAUCUUCCUCCUCUUUUAUUUUAUGGUGUGCGAGUUCGGGUUUGGCAGAUUAUCUGUGAUUGUAUCUUGUUUUAUUUUUUUAGACAGCCUCCUGCUGUCUUGCGAAUCUUCUUCUUUUAUUUACUGUGUGCAGGUUGGGGUUUGGCAGCUUA